AUGCUGUCCAAACCAGUUUUCGCCAUCGCCGCCUUGCUGCAGUUCGUCCUUCCCGCCUCCGCUGCCUUCAUCUUCUGCGCAGGCGCCACCAUCGACGGCAGCUGCCCGGCCGAUAAAGGAGUCAAGACAGACUGUCAAGACAUCUGCGGGAACUGCAAGCCGAACUGCUUCGGCGGCGGGGUGCAGGACCUGGGAGCGACGUGCUGCACACAGGCGGACGGGACCAUCAACAUCUUUUGCUUCCGGACGGGGAAGAAUAACUGCUAG